AUCAUCGUCCAAGGCUGUGUGCCGCUGAGUGUUUUUUAAAAUCGUAGCGCAUUAUGGUGGAGAUACCCUGGAUUGAGAAGUACAGACCUGAUUCAAUAGAAGAUCUUAUAAGUCAUGACGACAUUUCGAAAACCAUAAAAAGAUUUAUUGAUAAUGAUCAGCUACCACAUUUGCUGUUUUAUGGCCCACCAGGAACGGGAAAAACUAGUACUAUUUUAGCUGCUGCAAAGCGUCUGUACUCUCGUCAGUUUGCAUCCAUGGUCUUGGAGCUUAAUGCAUCCGAUGAUCGUGGAAUUGAUGUUGUUCGUGAACAAGUACUGAGUUUUGCUAGCACAAAAACUCUUUUCGCUGGAAAAUUCAAGCUGGUUAUUCUAGACGAAGCUGAUUCUAUGACAAAAGAUGCUCAAAAUGCAUUACGGAGAAUUAUUGAAAAAUAUACGGAAAAUGCCCGAUUUUGUUUGAUUUGUAAUUAUCUGUCGAAAAUUAUUCCUGCGAUACAAUCGCGAUGUACUAAGUUCCGUUUUGCACCACUGGCGUUCAAUGAUGUCAGUAUAUGUCUUCGAAAAAUUGCAUCAAACGAAAAUGUUGAUUUAACAGAUGAUGGAGUAAAAGCGAUUUAUCAGUUUGCAUCUGGAGAUAUGCGUAAAUCUAUUAACUUAUUGCAGAGCACAUCAAUGUCUUCAAAAACUGUAAACGGUACUUCUGUUUAUGCUUGUGUUGCAUAUCCUUCACCUACUGAGGUUCGAUCAUUAUUGGAUCAUGUACUGAAUGAACCGGUCAGUACUGCUUAUCACAAUAUUACAGCAGUGAAAAAUUUAAAAGGUAUUGCAUUACAAGAUAUAAUUACAGAAAUUCAUCCAUUAAUAAUGCGUAUUGAUUUACCGGAUACAAUACGUUGUGAUUUAUUAAUUGCACUGUCCGAUAUAGAAAAUCGUUUAUCCCAAGGAGCAUCAGAGAGAUUACAGUUGGGUGCAUUUGUUUCAGCAUUUACUCGUGCAAAAACAGCAUUAGAGUCUAAAGUUUGCUAAGACAAAACAAAAAACAGAUCUUGUUUUUUUAUUUUACUAUCAUUUUUAAUAAUAAAUCGAUCGCUAAAAAUCUGUAAUUACUGUUCUUAUCACAAUAACAUCACAGAUAUUCUUU